GGCGACGCCCUUCGGGGCCAACGGGCCGCACACAGAUGUGGCGGUGGGAACGACUCACCCGUUUUCCAGCAGCUCUGGGUCGGGGUCGGGGUCGGCGCCCAUGGGGGCCCCGCCUCCCUCUCCUGGCCUGCCCCCGUCCUGGGCCGCUAUGAUGGCGGCCCUGUACCCGAGCACGGACCUCUCGGGCGUCUCCUCCUCCUCCCUGCCUUCCUCCCCAUCCUCCUCAUCGCCCAACGAAGUGAUGGCGCUGAAGGAUGUGCGAGAGGUGAAGGAGGAGAACACCUUGAAUGAGAAGCUUUUCUUGCUGGCGUGCGACAAGGGUGACUAUUAUAUGGUUAAAAAGAUUUUGGAGGAAAACAGUUCAGGUGACUUGAACAUAAAUUGCGUAGAUGUGCUUGGGAGAAAUGCUGUUACCAUAACUAUUGAAAACGAAAGCUUGGAUAUACUGCAGCUGCUUUUGGACUACGGUUGUCAGAAACUUAUGGAACGAAUUCAGAAUCCAGAAUACUCAACAACGAUGGAUGUUGCACCAGUUAUUUUAGCUGCUCAUCGUAACAACUAUGAGAUCCUCACAAUGCUUCUGAAGCAGGACGUGGCUUUGCCCAAGCCCCAUGCUGUUGGUUGUGAAUGCACGCUGUGUUCUGCAAAAAACAAAAAGGACAGCCUCAGACAUUCCAGGUUUCGUCUUGAUAUCUAUAGAUGUCUGGCCAGUCCAGCUCUAAUAAUGUUAACAGAGGAGGAUCCAAUUCUGAGAGCAUUUGAACUUAGUGCUGACUUAAAGGAACUCAGCCUUGUGGAGGUGGAAUUCAGGAAUGACUAUGAAGAGCUAGCCCGUCAGUGCAAAAUGUUUGCUAAAGAUUUGCUUGCGCAAGCUCGGAAUUCUCGUGAACUGGAAGUUAUCCUAAAUCAUACAUCUAGUGAUGAACCUCUUGACAAACGGGGACUACUAGAAGAAAGAAUGAAUUUAAGUCGUCUGAAACUUGCUAUCAAAUAUAACCAGAAGGAGUUUGUCUCCCAGUCAAAUUGCCAGCAGUUCCUGAACACCGUUUGGUUCGGACAGAUGUCAGGUUACCGCCGUAAGCCCACCUGUAAGAAGAUAAUGACUGUUUUGACAGUUGGCAUUUUCUGGCCAGUUCUGUCACUGUGUUACUUGAUAGCUCCCAAAUCUCAAUUCGGCAGAAUCAUUCACACACCGUUCAUGAAGUUCAUUAUUCAUGGAGCUUCAUAUUUCACAUUCUUGCUGUUACUCAAUCUCUACUCACUCGUCUACAAUGAGGACAAGAAAAAUACAAUGGGGCCAGCCCUUGAGAGAAUAGACUACCUUCUCAUACUGUGGAUUAUUGGGAUGAUUUGGUCAGACAUUAAGAGGCUGUGGUAUGAAGGGUUGGAAGACUUCUUAGAAGAAUCUCGUAACCAGCUCAGCUUUGUUAUGAAUUCCCUUUACUUGGCAACUUUUGCCCUCAAAGUGGUGGCUCACAACAAGUUUCAUGACUUUGCCGACCGGAAGGACUGGGAUGCGUUCCACCCCACACUGGUAGCAGAAGGGCUUUUCGCCUUUGCAAACGUUCUGAGUUACCUUCGGCUCUUCUUUAUGUACACAACCAGCUCUAUUUUGGGCCCACUGCAGAUUUCAAUGGGACAGAUGUUACAAGAUUUUGGGAAAUUUCUAGGAAUGUUCCUUCUUGUUCUGUUUUCCUUCACGAUUGGACUGACACAGCUCUAUGACAAAGGGUACACUUCCAAAGAGCAGAAGGACUGCGUAGGCAUCUUCUGUGAACAGCAAAGCAACGACACCUUCCACUCGUUCAUUGGCACCUGCUUUGCUCUGUUCUGGUACAUCUUCUCCCUAGCGCAUGUGGCCAUCUUUGUCACCAGGUUUAGCUAUGGGGAAGAACUGCAGUCCUUCGUUGGGGCUGUGAUUGUUGGAACUUACAAUGUCGUGGUUGUGAUCGUGCUUACGAAGCUACUGGUAGCGAUGCUUCACAAGAGCUUCCAGCUGAUAGCAAAUCAUGAGGAUAAAGAAUGGAAGUUUGCUCGAGCGAAGCUAUGGCUUAGCUACUUUGAUGACAAAUGCACACUGCCCCCACCUUUCAACAUCAUUCCUUCUCCGAAGACUAUCUGCUAUAUGAUCAGCAGCCUCAGCAAGUGGGUGUGCUCGCACACCUCCAAAGGCAAGGUCAGACGGCAGAACAGCUUGAAGGAGUGGAGAAACUUGAAACAAAAGAGAGAUGAGAACUACCAGAAGGUGAUGUGCUGCCUAGUGCAUCGCUACCUGACCUCCAUGCGACAGAAGAUGCAGAGCACAGACCAGGCCACCGUGGAGAAUCUCAAUGAACUGCGCCAAGAUCUGUCAAAAUUCAGAAAUGAAAUAAGGGAUUUGCUUGGCUUUCGGACUUCUAAAUAUGCUAUGUUUUAUCCAAGAAAUUAGCCAUUUUCUAAAUCUUGUAGAAAUAAUUUUCCUUAAUAAAUCUGAAAGACUGUAUUUGCAUACCUUUCAAUUAAAUCAAUAAGAUAUAUAUGGGCAUAAACAAUUACACAAAAGCCAUUCUUUAAAUAUUUAUAGAUAAACAUAUGUUGUGUAAAUAUGUAUAUAGAGCUAGUUUUUUAAAACCUGUCUGUGACUUUUUGUAGAAGCAAAACCGUUUUGUUAGCAUGCUACUUUGUUUUCUUAGUUGGUCAGUGCUUACAUUCGACGUGUUUAAGAGGGGCAGCUCUCAGUGUACGCAUGGCCCAUUCCAUUUUAUAAAUAAAGAUCAGCAAACGCGGCUACCUUAAGACACACUUGAAGAGCUCAUGCUGUUGAAAUCUCUUGUUUUAGGAGUUCACACAGAGUUCAGUAUAUAUUGUUUAGGAGUUUAGCUUCAUCUAAAAUACCCUACUUUUUCUUUUGUUAGAAUCUUAAGCAGCAGAGAAAAGUUUAUAAUAAAUAUUUGAAUUUAACCCAGUUAUGGUGAUGAAUGCCUUUAAUCCCAGCACUCGGGAGGCAGAGGCAGGUAGAUCCCUUGAGUUGGAGGCCAGCCUGAUCUACACAGUGAGUUCCAGGAUAGCCCCGGCUACACAGAGAAACCCUGUCUUGGAAAAAUAAAAAAAAAAAAAGAAAAAAAUUUAAAUUAUUUAUUUAUUUAUGUCUAAAUUCGCGUUGGUAUUUGUUGUGUAGUAUAUUUACUUUUACAUGGCUAUAAUUUAUAUUUUUAAUUUUGUUUUGACAUAACAUUAUUUUAUAUAUAUUUCUCUAUUUAAGGUAGUUUAUAUGUUUAAAUAUUUAUAGAAGUCUGUGAAUUUUGAAAAAUAUCCAUCUUUUACCCAUAGAAUACUUGUUUCUAUUUAUACCCUCGCAGAGGUACCUCUUAGGCAUUUGGCUAGUUUAGCUUUUCCUUCUAAUUUUUCAAGUUGGAGUAAAACUCAUCGUUACAAAGUAGAAGCUGCUUGUCUUCAUGUGUGGUCACAGUGGGCUUGGCCGGAGAGCACUGGGCCUUGCUUGCAGAAGGCUGCUUUCCGUUCACUCCAAGGCUCUUGAGCUCCUCUUCCAAAGUUUCUCCCACAGAGCCUACCACAGCUUCUACAAAACUGGCCUCGUGCUUGCGGCUUAAGAUGUAAAGCAUUGUUUAUUCAAUUUGAAAAUAAAAAGAAUAUUUGACUGCUUUUCAGUGUUCAUGUAAAGGUGGAGCUGAAGGUUUCCCCAGCUAUGGCACAGACAUUCCUGCAGCAUGUUUGGUGAGAAAUUACCUUCGGAACUGAACGUCAGCUGGCAUUGAGGCCACAGAGUGCAGACAGCCCUGGUCUGUGAGCGCCGCCCACCCCGGGGCAGCUGAGGAUCCCAGUGUAGGUUUCAUCUUGCUUUUUGCAUUUGUUUUUAAUGUCCAGGUUUAAGUGUUCCCUCUUUUGGGCAAAUUCUUAUAAAAAUGUUUAUUGUAAAAUUAUAUAUUUUGUCUACAAUGGGAUUAUGCGCUUCCAAGUUGGGAUUUUACAUCAGGAUUUUUAGUCAUUCUAAAAAAAAAAUACCUAAUUAUUAAAAAAUUUAUAGAAUACCUAUGUGUGCAUGAAUUCCUGACGAGGUAUAUUUUGAAUGACAGCAUAUUGUAAGAAAAGAGUGAAUAAAAUUUGGCAUUAGAUUAUAAAUU